GAUCUUGCAUGGGGUGCAUUCUCCUGAUUCUAUUCUCGACUUCCUGCGUCUUAUGUCUGUCGCCCUACUCUCACUCUUCUUUCUUUCGCCUUUGGGCUCUAGUAAACUUCCUCUUUUUCAAGUGGAACCAGUCAUUACCAGUGUCAGAUUCAUACUUUGCGUUGAUAACAUUCGCUUACAGUAUCCGCUCGUUCUUCAAAAACCCCGAUUCUUUAUACCAAGGUACUCUGAAGGCCCGUAAGAACUUGCAGCAUGCUCUUUGUCAAGACCGUCGCCUUCGCCGCGGCUUUCGUGCCACUUGUGAGUGCUCAUAGCACCACUGGACUUCCUAAGAUCAUGGGACUCGAUCUCCUCGACCGAAGGGCGGAAAACCUGAUUGCCAAUCUCAACCUCGGAGGACUUUUGGGUUCCGACGUCCAUGACAGCUCGGCCCUGAAAGUACGCAAGGACGAUCGCGAAUGUGGUGAAGGAAUAGGGUCUUGCCCUCAGGACAAAUGCUGCUCAAGCGUUGGCUAUUGUGGAACCAGUAAAGCUCACUGCUACUCGCCCGGUUGCCAGUGGAAGUACGGUCCUGCAUGCGCAGAGAACCAUCCUCCCGAAGGAGCAAAUACGUCGUCAAUCCCACGCCCGAAGCUUGGAUCAGUUCCUUAUGGUGGGACAGGUGUAUACAAGUGCAAGAACCCCGGCACUGUCGCCCUAACUUAUGAUGAUGGUCCACACCAAGAUUUCACAGAGAACAUCCUUGAUCUACUGAAGAGCUACAAUGCAAAGGCGACCUUCUUUGUUACAGGUAACAACAUCGGCAAAGGACAAAUCGACAAGACAGAAGAGCACAUCAAUGCAAUCAAACGCAUGGAUACAGAGGGCCACCAAAUUGCUUCGCAUACAUGGACACAUCAAAACCUAUCGGAUAUCUCGUCUGAGGAUCGCAAAAAUCAGAUCUGGUACCUGGAGAUGGCCCUGAACAACAUUGUUGGAAAAAUCCCGACGUAUUUGCGCCCGCCUUACAUCGAUUGCAAAGAUGCCUGCCAGCAAGAUAUGAGCGACCUUGGCUACCAUCUCAUCUACUGGGAUGUCAAUACCGAUGACUACCAACAAGUAAAUUCGAGCAGGAUUCAGAACUCAAAGGACUGGUUCACAGGCAACAUAACUAAGAGCGGCGCCACACCAGAGAAGAACGAAUGGCUCACUAUCUCGCACGAUAUCAUCGAACAGACUGCAAACAACCUCACAGAGUACAUGCUCUCAACCAUCACAAAGCUUGGAUACAAGGCGGUCACUGUAGGCGAGUGUCUUGGUGACCCGGAAGAGAAUUGGUACCGUCGAUUCGAAGACUCUGCCCAACGUGCAACAAACACAUCAACUUCAACUAGUUCGCCAUCAGGCAGCAGCGGGAUCACAAAGCCAACCGGCUCAGCUCAAGGUCCAAACGGUACUUCCGGUGGUGCUCUACCCGAACAAUCUUCAAGCUCUGCUGUUAGCACAAUGCAGACCUUACAAAGCCUAUCUAGCUUCCUGAUUUUAGGAUUACUUACUUUUUCAGCACUACUAUAGUAAAUAGCUAUCUUAUAUAAUAGUAUACAAUAACUUCUAUAUUAUAGAUAGAGGGCCUUAGGUUAUUAUACAAGGUUUUUAAUACUA